CGACAAACUGCACUGUUCUUGUUCACGUUCACGCACAAUGCACGAACUGCUAUGCUUCAUCAUGGAAGCAGUUGGUUCCUCUGCGAUAAAUAUCUCUUGUUCUCUACUUCGUCUCUCACAUUUGGAAUCAUAUUUCUAACUUCUUGUUGUCCGUCGCGCGCCGAGACUCAUCCCACACGCAACCACCACUUAUUAACCAUAAACAAUUCACAAUGAAGACAUCGAAAUACGCACCGAAAACACCACUCGAAAGCUUAGCGCAGUCGCGAACGGAGAGAUUGAAGCAGGAGAAGGAUAGAGCGACACGGUUGUUGGGGCGCUUGAAAUGGAAGGCGGAGCUGCUGAUGGUCUCUUACGGCAAGGCAAUGGAGAUCUCGCAGGCACUAAGCCAGCAGAACGGAUACGAGGACUCACACCAUAAACAUGCGAUGGAUACGUUGAGUAGGCAGGCAGAGUCCAUGUUCAAAGUGGACUUCUUUGAAUUCUAUACUCUCCUCGAACGCUACAUCACUGUCUGUCUUGGCGUUUUUGGCGUUGACAUUUCUGCGGCUGCCCCUCGUAACAAUGUUAACGCCCUUCGAUAUAUUACAAACCCAGAUCUACACAGGACACGGCCGUUGGCCUCACAUGCAUUCCACGCCAAUCUGCUAGAAACAUUGGAUGAUGAGAAAUGCCCACUGCAUGCAUCACUCGGGAUGCAAGAUGUCCGCAUCCAGCUUGGCUUAGCAAAGGACUACCGCAACGCCUGGAAGGACGCUGACGAAAAAGUCACUACUUCAAACUGGACAUCUGAAAACGAAACGUCUCGUAAGAACGUCGAGCUUCAAGACUUGGACUUGCAGCUCAUGCUUGAAAAUCUCGUUGCAGGGUGUGAACAUGCUCACGGCGUGACGCAAGGACAUGACAGCCCUGGUCUAAACGGCACAGUCCUCACCAGCCAACCCUUCCAGCCUCAGUCGUACAUUCAUGACGGCAUGGAAAUGGACGAUAUCCCGUUUGAGUACAUGGAUGAUGCAAUGGAUCUUGACUAGACGUGUCAUUAAGCUAUUUUUCCUGUGACAAUAACUACAAUAGAAGACCUUGAUCAUGUCGAACGGCUUUAUGAAUGGUACUAAGUCCAGACUUAUCCUCAGCUGCUGUCUUCGCUGUC